ACAGAGGAAGAGAUCAGUGUGAGAGAGAGAGAGAAAGAGAGAGAGAGAGAGAGAGAGAGAGAGAGAGAGAGAGAACGGGUGGAGGAUAUAGAGAGCGUUCCGCCAUGCCGACGUCGUGGGAGAAAGACAGCGGGAAAGAGAACGCCAGAGAGCUUGCGCAAGCUUCGACCCGCCGCAGCUCCGAUCGGCGGACGGCGCGGUUAAGCCAGCCGCACGUUCCGAGUUUUCGUGCCAGCAGUCGACUCGCAGCCUGGCUUUCCAACUGGCACGCCGGAGUGUGCUUUCUCUCGUACUUGUGCCCUCUCUCGUUCCCUCCGUCUCGUCCCUCUUUCUCUUCUCUUCUCUUCUCCCCCGUAGUUCUCUCUCCUAUUCCCUUCGCACCGUCUCUUUCCGGGUCUCUCUUUCUUUUUCUCUCUUUCUCUCUACUCUUUAUCCCCGAGUCUCGAUUCCAAUCUCCGCGACAUGACGCGUUGAUGAUCUACGCGCUGCUUCCAGCGGCAGUGCUCGUUCGGGACUGAAAACCACCACCGCCGCUGGUGGUGGUCCAUCCACGAGAUUCAUCGAAUCCCGAGCAGCGUCCACAAAGCGUCGUCCUUCGGAGCUCUAUGUGCGUCAGUGCGCGGCUAAGAAUCGCCGGGGAAAUUGUGCCAGGCGACGUCGUGGUCGAUACGUGGCCAAGGACGAUGAUGAUAUAAAUUCCUAUACGCGCGUACGUCCAGAGACGCGACUUGUCCUGAUGCGAGAGAGGAUGGCUCGGUAUUCGAAGGGACCCGCGUGGAGGACGUCGCCUCGGUGAUUUCAAUCGGCAGCGAGAACUAGCUCGUCUUCUCCGAGGCUCUAUCGGAGAAAUCGGAGAAAUCAGGCAGCAUGAGGGUGCCAUGGUAAAGGUAGUUCUCGACGGGAGAGGCAAAUGGAGAUAAGAGGAGAGAAAGCGGAGGUAUUUUGACAGCCUCGGCACUUGUCCCGGGAAUGCCUCGAAUGCCUGUGCCGGUACUCCUCGGUAGCUGGGGCUGGGGAUUUUUCGCCAUAUUCCUUCUGCUUCUGGCCACCCCCAGUCCCGCUGCCAUUCGCAGAGCGGACCGAGGCCACUGCAACAAGACAGUGGACAUUUACGAAGAUGUGUCGAGCCCGGCGGUGACCCCAGCGAAUUGGGGUAAGCCCCUCUCGUGCUGGUACCGUUUCCGUGCCUUUCGCGGAACGCCCCGGGACUGGAUUCUGCGGGUGCGCUUCAAGAAGUUUAAGGUCGGGGUGCUGGAGAACGCCACCACCUGCAGUGGCGGUUAUCUACAGAUCAUAGACGGUAACACGAAGACCGAGGUGAGCAAUCGCAAGGACCCGGGCGUCUACUGCGGCGAGUCCGAGCAGCCGCAGACCUUCAUCAGCGAGACCAGCUUCGUGCGGGUGAUCUUCCACGCGGACAACUUCACCGAUCAGACGUACUUCAGCUUCGACUCGCGCGCGGAGCCGCAGUUCGAGGUGUACCUCAGAUACGGCCAGCACCCCGAGCUCUAUCCAAAUCGUCGCGGCGAGGUUGUGCCGGGCAGCUACUGCGAGCGGGUCUUCAAGGACUGUCGGCUGCAGACGUGCUACGUGCAGAGCCCGGCUUAUCCCGGUAUCUAUCCGCGUGCGUUGCACUGCAAGUAUCGUCUGAACACUCGACUGCCCUUCAUCAAGCUCUACAUCGAGAACGAGGAGUUCAACAUCGAUGGUCAGCGAUGCGAGAACAUCAUGACGUGCCCGAUGCGGCCAAUCAGCUCCGGCUCGGAGCACUGCCCGUACGAUUACAUACGCGUGUACGACGGGAAGAACGAGAGCAGCCCGGUGAUCGGCACCUUCUGCGGCAUGGGCAAGUUUCCGUACAGUAUCAUCGGCACCAGCGAGGAUCUCUACGUGGAAUUUGUGUCGUCGCCGGCCGGGCCGUUGCUCAACACCGGUUUCCACUUCAACGUGGGCAACUGGCCCGGUCACGUGGAAACCGCGGGCGUUAAGAACGGCAGCUGCGACUGGUUGCUGAACAGCGAGUCCCUCGUGAGCGGUAACGAGGGUAUCUUCCUGUCGGUUGCGCACUGGUACCCACCGCACACCAGCUGCACCUAUCUGCUACGUGGCCGACCCGGUGAGAUCGCGCGCCUCUACUUCCCCAGCUUUCGGGUGAAUCGUAUCGAGUCGCCGAUCCAGCCUUACGACGGGGACUGUGGCGAGAGCCUGACGCUCUACGACGCCGACUGGCCGGACGACGCCCGGAUUAUCAAGACCUUCUGCGACACCUUCAGCAAACCGAUGGAGAAGCACGACUUCGUCUCGACGUCGAACGCCCUGUUCGUGCGAUUCGAGAGCAAAACCGGCAGUUACUCCGGCAGCUCGCUCUAUUACUGGGCGCACUACGACUUCUUCAACGCGACGAGGUUCGGCGAGCCGACGCCCGGUACCGAGUGCGACGAGGUCUUCGCCUCGUGGAAGACGCGCUCGGGCUACUUACGGUCGCCACUGAAUACCCUGGUUUACAAGCGACCGGGUGAUCCGCCUGCCGAUCUCUCCUGCACCUACAGCUUUAUUACGGACAAGCGACUGUACGCGCGCGUGAUCCUCGUGGUAGAGUCGAUCAACUUCAAGGAGCAUCCGUACGCUCAGUGCGGCCAUUGUUGGGACAGCCGGGUAGACCGGGUGACCAUCCGCGAGCCUAAUCCGGAUGGCGUCAAGAGCCACUGUCUCUGUCGAUCCAACAACAAUGGCACCCCGGCGCCGACGACCUCGCCGUCGGCGCGAUCGCGACCUCCUGUACUCAGGAUCGUCUCCCGGGGCGAGAGACUGGACCUGAAGCUACUGGUGGACGGCGCGCACGCAGCGUCGAGCUACUUCAAGUGGCCCGCGCCGCUCUUCGAGGCGAGAUAUGAGUUCGCGCAUAGUCCUCUGUGCGGUCCGGCGCUUCUGCCGCCCGCCACCGACGGCGAGAUCGACUUCCCGCAUUACGAGGCGUUGGGAUACGUCACGCCGCCCCGGUCCAUCAAGUGUAUCUGGGAAUUGCGGGUGAAUCGCGAGCGCGAUCUCUGGCUGCACUUCGACAAGAUCAAAUUCGCGUCGCGUUCCUGCGAGGACGGUAAACUCGAGAUCUUCCUGCCGGGCACGGCCGAGCCGUAUCUCGGCAUUUGCGGCGAGAACGUCAGCUACGUGAGAGAGAUGCCGAUCAUCUCGGCGGCGCAUCUCACACCGCCGGUGGAACAUCAGGCGCCGGGCGGCGAAGUGAUCGAGGAAUCGCCGGCGGUGAUCAUACAGUUCACCGGCACCAUGGCACCGGCCCGGGCGGCCUUCAAGAUCGCCUGGACCGAACUCUUUCAUCUACCCAGGGACGGAUCCGGGGCCCUCAACACCGGCAAGCAGCUAGAAGACUGCGGCUUCCAGUGUCCCGGCGACGCGGGAUGCAUCCCGUUGAGAUUGGUGUGCAACGGCGUGGUGAAUUGUCCCAAUCGCAACCUACCCUUGCCGGGUAUCCUGAACGGCACCUUCUACGAGCCGGACGACGAGUCGGUUGAGACGUGCGGUGGUCCCGUCAACGGUAACGGCGGCGGUUUCGCCGGACCCGCCGGCUGGGCUGGUGCCGGCUUAGGUGCCGGCCUCGCUAUACUCAUGGGUCUCGCGUGCUUCAUCGCUAUGUGCAGGCUUUGCAGAAGACGAUCGCGCUCCAGGGACAUACACGUGCCCUAUUAGGAGACGCGGUCGUGCCUCUGCGGGUACACGCACGAUGAUUCUGGGGAAUACGGAGGUCUAAGAAUCGAAUUCGCAGCCGUUCCUCGAGUAAUUGACGUUCCUUUUUUAUAACCCUACGCACGUUUGUGUAGGUGUAUAAAAGAGAAAUCUUUAUUUCUUGAAGGAACAACUGCGAAUACGAUGAGAGAGAGAGAGAGAGACGUCCGCGUGGCGUUCAAAAUUUUUCCAACGUCGCCCGAACGUCUUUGAGCUGCGAAUGUCAACGUCGCUCGGCAUUGCUAAUUUCGGUUAAAUAAAUUUUCUUUCUGACUAUAUCAUAGGUAAGGUAAUCUAGAGAGGAGUAGAGCGAAUCCCUAAGACAAACUUAUUUAACCGGUCGAGACCGUUAAUGCACUCGCAGACCUCCGUGUUGUUUGAGAGACGAUAGAAAUAAUCGAGAGAGAAGCAUUCUCUUUCUCUCGAGGCUCUCGAGGAAAAGAAGGAAAUGUUUCUCCGUUUUGCUGUUCCAAACGAUAGAUAGAUCCGACAUUGCAAGUAAUUCUCUCAAUGUGAUGCUUCCGGGUCUAAUGAAUGUCGAGUUUGCUCAUUAAUCGCGGGAGGAGUUGACUCCGGAUCUUUACUAUUCUAUCGCGGUGUUCAAGUAUUACUAUAUACCGUCUGUCAACGCCGAUCGCCCACCCACACACAAACGCUCGUCACCCCCCUGUCGGUCUUCUAUUUACACUCUUUACGGAACACUAAUGGUCCAUACAUUAUUCCUCCUCUUUACAGGCGGCGAUGAAGUUCUAACCAAAGCUGUAUUUACCACUGCCGCGUUAUACUCGUCGUAUUGUCAUCGCGUCUUCUCUUACACACACUGCCAUAGACGUAGAACUUCAUACAUAGCCCUCGUCUCGAUCGUUCUCAUACGUCGUUCGCGAGAACUGUCGUAGAUUCGCGGCGAUCCGGUUAUUUCCGUCGCUGAUUGUACGGGCGACGUUUCUAGCGAUAGCAAGACAUCUAUGAGAUACAGGUAGCUUCGGCAAGAUAUACGAAGGCAUUUUUGUAUUUUUUUUAUCUCGUUCCUCUAAUCUAAUUAUAGAAUCUUAUCGAGGUAAUCAGCAUCGAAGUUUGACAAUAAUAAGUUCGAAACGAAAAAAAAGGUAGAUUAGAUUAAGUUAGAUUAAGUUUGAAAUGACUGAAAUAUAUUGCUUUUCAAAAGUAUUAGGGGGUAAUUAAUAAUUAAAUAAUUCUACAUUACAUAUUAAAUAUUUUACAAUUAAUUAAUUAUGUCGUAUCGCGCGCGUAUCAUGCAUAUUUUAUGAUGUAUUUACGGUUCGCUUCGUCAGAGGACAGUAUUGCUAUCCCUAGAAAGCUGUGUGGGAGGGUAGCAUUCAGGGCCCUCAUUUCCUUUGUCGCCCGUACAGAUGCAAAUCAGCGAGCCGAUCGCGUUGUAGAUUCCGACUUCGGGAUAUAGUCUUUUAGCGGUUGCUCAAAGUUGUCCUGCUUCGUGAAACUCUCGAGAGUAACUCGUCGCGAGCAAGAUACAAUUAUAUUGACUUAAAAUACAACGGGAAUGGCGGGAAGGACGGAAAUCGAUAGUAACCCGGUAAUUGUGGCUUCUGACGAGUCGUGACACGCCUUGUCGAUUUAACAUCUUGAGGUUCGGCGACACAAGUAUCGAAUACAUCUAAUAUAUUAUACAUAUAUAUAUCGAAUCCGUUGUAAGGUAUAUAGUCGCUCUAGUGUCUACAUUGAAGAAAACGAAAGUGAGAAAUAAAAGAGAAGUGAGAUGAGAGUCAUAUGAUAAUUCGCCGAUUCGCAAGAUGUCCGGACUUUAUGACACCGAAUGAGCGUGCCUACUAAAAUAUGCAGCUAUUAUGAUGCAUGUGAUUGUCGACAGUGCAAACAGUUUGUACAUAUAAUAAGGCGAAGGAUAGAGGGUGGUUUGUAAAAAAACCGAUCGCUUUUUAGAGAUAAACCGGUACGGUAGGUAAAAGAGAAAGAGAGAGAGAGAGAAAGAGAAAGAGAAAUAAUUAAGUAAAAUAUAAAGGAGAAUAAAGUAUAAGGCGUCGUCGGCGAAAUUGUCGCCGGCUAUCGCGCAGAGAGAUGCGAUAAGACAUCCCGUUAAUCUGAUACUCGUUGGUUGGCCCUCCUCCAGGGAGAGAGAGGGGGCUAUUAUAAUUAGAGAGCAAGAAACAGACUCGGAGAAAUUCGGGCCCGCUGCGCGGCGCCCCCGGGGCUGCCGCGCUCUAGGAACGAUGUUUGUAUAUAGGGAAACAUUUAUGUAGGUUUAGCGACAAUCUCAAUAGCGGAUACGUACACCCACACGGAUUCACACACGACAUACACGCACACCGAGACCGAGCGAUGCGAUAUUAAGCGCAUUAUUAACGAGCGCGCAGCUAUCUUUAAUCGACGGUAUAACGAUUAUAUCUUACUACGACAUGUAACUGCGAUAAUAACAGUUAUCAUGAUUACUAUAUUUUUUACUAAUAAAGAGCAUCCUUGGAGUCGA